AUGAAUGGCGUCGAUGUUAAGCGCUUUGUGCGCUACUUCUAUGACCCUCCACCAAAGUACGAUGACAUGUCCGGCACCUCUAUAUGGCUGUUGGGAAAGGAGUAUCAGGCCGCACCGCCUAAGCCAGUUACAAUUACGGAUCACGACGAUGUGGUCGAAGUCGAGUCUUCGUCAGAUUCGCGUGACCCUUCUGAUGCUAGUGCUCUGUCGUCCACGGCAGAUGAACCUACACAGCAGCAGCCUUAUGAACCUCAAGCACAGAACACAAGUAGUUUUGACGAUGCUCAGCAUGUGACGGGCGGAAAUAACCUUCCUUCCUUAUCGAACGACCCUUCCGAUCGAGGAUGGCCCAUUACAUUUCUCGACGACUUCGAAUCGCGGAUAUGGAUGACCUACCGUUCCAACUUCACGCCCAUCCCUCGUUCACAGGAGCCCGGCUCCAACGUAUCCUUGUCCCUGUCCGUUCGCCUACGCAAUUUUACCGAGAGGGAUGGCUUCAGCAGCGACACGGGCUGGGGAUGUAUGAUCCGGUCGGGACAAUCUCUUCUGGCAAAUGCGCUCGUCAUGCUCCAUCUAGGGCGGAAUUGGCGACGGCCUCACACCUAUACCAAUCGCACGUCGUCUCCUCCUCCCUCAAGCGAUUAUUCCCUGAAAUUCCCUUCCUCAGCUCAAACACAAAGCGAAGCUUCCAUCCUUUCGCUCUUUGCCGACUCCCCACUCGCUCCUUUCUCCAUUCACCGCUUCGUCCAACACGGCGCUUCCGCCUGCGGUAAACACCCGGGCCAAUGGUUCGGCCCCUCUGCAACAGCUUCCUGCAUCAAAGAACUGUCUGCCGAGUGCGCUGCCGCAGGGUUACGAGUCUACGUGACACCAUCCGCGAGCGAAGUUUAUGAAGAUAAGUUUCGCAGCAUUGCACGCGCCUCUGCUACGGAUUUCACCAUCAGACCUACAUUGAUACUUCUGGGAAUAAGACUAGGGCUGGACAGAAUUACACCUGUCUACCACGAAGCCCUCAGAAAUAGUCUCACAUACCCUCAGUCAAUUGGCAUUGCAGGCGGCCGUCCAUCCUCAUCACACUACUUUAUCGGCUGUCAGGGUGACCUCUUCUUCUACCUCGACCCGCAUGAGACCCGCCCUGCCCUGCAACAUCACACAGACCCCAACGAUUACACCGACGAAGAGAUCUCUACAUGCCACACGCGCCGUCUCCGUGGGUUGAGGAUAAGUGAGAUGGAUCCAUCUAUGCUUAUCGGCUUUCUCAUCAAGGACGAGCAAGAUUGGGAGGAUUGGAAGAGGAGAAUAAAGGAGGUCAAGGGGAAGGCGAUUGUGUCGGUUUUUGACAAGGAGCCGCCGGUGCCUGGGGAGACAAAAGAGAGGAAAGAGGCAGUGGACGAGGUGCAGACCUUUGAUGACGAGGACGAGGAUGAUGAGACUGUUACUGUCACGGGCAAGGAGAAUGAACAAGCCAACCGUGAGCGCGAGGCAGACGAGGAUGGAAUCAAAGUCGACCGCGAAGCCGAAGAAGGGGAGAGUAAUACAAUGCAUGUUGGCGGCGAUGUUGGGAGGGAUCCUCCCUACGUUGACGAGCUUGCGCGAAGGGAAGAUACGAUCAAGGUUCCCUGA